CGUUCUUUCGCCGUCAUUUCAGGGAGACGACGAAAUGGCUGCUUCGUACAAUUUCAAGAAGAUCACGGUGGUUCCGUCGGCUACGGAUUUUGUGGACAUAGUCCUGUCCAAGACUCAGCGAAAGACGCCGACAGUCAUCCACAAGCAGUAUGCCAUCGCUCGGAUUCGCCAGUUCUACAUGCGCAAAGUCCGCUACACGCAGCAGAACUAUCACGACAAACUCUCCCAGAUCCUGGAUGACUUUCCCAAGCUUGAGGAUAUCCACCCGUUCUAUGCAGACCUGAUGAACGUGCUGUAUGACAAGGAUCACUACAAACUGGCCCUGGGACAGAUCAACAUGGCCAGGCAUCUCAUAGACAAUGUUGCCAAAGACUAUGUGCGACUCCUGAAGUACGGAGACUCCCUGUACCGGUGUAAGACCCUGAAGCGUGCUGCCCUGGGGAGGAUGUGUACUGUCAUGAAGAGGCAGAAACAGAGUCUGGAGUAUCUAGAACAAGUGCGUCAGCAUUUGUCCCGUCUUCCCACAAUUGACCCCAACACCAGGACUCUCCUCAUCUGUGGUUUCCCCAACGUUGGGAAGUCGAGUUUCAUUAACACCAUCACCAGGGCAGAUGUGGAGGUCCAGCCGUACGCUUUCACCACCAAGUCUCUGUAUGUGGGACACACCGACUACAGGUACCUCCGCUGGCAGGUGAUCGACACCCCAGGAAUCCUGGACCACUCCCUGGAGGAGAGGAACACUAUAGAGAUGCAGGCCAUCACUGCACUGGCACAUCUCAGGGCUGCUGUACUGUAUGUCAUGGACAUCUCUGAACAAUGUGGGCACAACCUGCACCAACAGGUGGAACUUUUUAACAACAUCAAACCACUGUUUGCCAACAAGCCUCUGAUGAUCGUUACCAACAAGAUCGAUGUCAUCAGACGAGAGGAGCUCAGCGAAGAGAAUGAGGCCCUCCUGGCAGACUUGGAGAAGGAAGGCAUCCCUAUAGUUCCCAUGAGCACUCUGUCUGGGGAAGGGGUCAUGGAGGUCAAGAACAAGGCCUGUGACCAGCUGCUUGCCUACAGAGUGGAGAACAAGAUGAGAAGUAAGAAGGUGAACUCUGUCCUGAACCGCCUGCACCUGUCAGUACCGCAGCAGAGAGACGAGAAAGUGCGCCCGCCCUGUAUCCCCGAGGCCGUCCUACAGCGCAAGGCUGCCAUGGAUACCGACAAACCCAAGAAGAAAACGGAAAGAGACCUGGAACUGGAGUUGGAAGAAGACUAUGUCUUUGAUAUGAAGAAACGCUAUGAUCUCAAGAACGCAGAAGAUAAAUAUGACCCCAUCCCUGAGUUGUGGGAAGGGAAGAACGUUGCUGACUACAUCGAUGCUGACAUCAUGAAGAAACUGGAAGAUCUUGAGAAGGAAGAGGAGAUGAGAGAGGCAGCGGGAGAAUAUGACUCUGAUAUGUCAGAUGAAGAUGAAGAGACGAGAGAGAUCAGGAGCAUGGCAGCCAAAAUUCGUAAGAAGAAGAAGCUGAUCAAGAUGGAGUCAGAUGUACGCAGGAAGGUGCAGAAACCAACUCUGCCCAGGGUGGCCAGGAAGGACUACAAUGCAAGUGAGUUCAAGUCACAGAUGGAAGAACUAGGGGUGGACAUGGCAGACAAGGACAAUGCCCACUUCAAGCGAGCCCGCAGUAAGACUCCCACAGGCUUGAAGAGGAAACGUGAAGCCUCAACGGAGGCUGGGAGCCGGGCUAGGAGCAGGAGCGUUCCUGCUGGGAAGGUACCCAGAGACCAGUCUGGAAUCAGGGAUCCACAGACUCAACAGAAGGUCAAGGUGAUCGCUAAGAACGCCCAGAAGAAGAUGAACCAGUUUGGGAAGGCUGGCGAGUCCGACCGGUUCAUCGGAACCAAGAUGCCCAAACAUCUGUUUGCCGGGAAAAGGAAGCAGGGCAAGACACAGAGGAGAUAAUAACAUCAUGAACCCUACACAGGCUUUUAGCCAGGCAUGCGUCCAGGCAUCAUUUGGACAUGAUUUUCUUAUAAUAAGAUAUUGGACGCCCUUACACUGAGGAGCAAAUCCUUUGAAAAGCAUGAAAUACUGAUUGACCAGGAAUGCCACAAGGACAUUUUUGGUCAAUCUUCUACUGUGACCUGUUUCACAGUAAUUUUGCCCCUUAGGAUAUCUUAGAAUGCACCAUUUAACUUGAAAUUCUCAAAAACUCUGCACUAUGGAAGGUGGAUGCCUUCAGACCCUACAAUACUGGUGCCUAUAUCACUUACUGUGACUCACUAAGAAAUUUGAACUCCCCAUAAUAGAAUCUUAGCUAAAAGCCUGACUCUACAUGUACAUGGAUCUCAAAGAUACUGGACAGACUCUGCAUUUGAGAUGGAGAAUAUACAGAGUAUGUUAAAAAGAUUCAAGAAUCUUCAUACUGUAAUUUUGAGAAUGUAAAAAUGAAGACAUUUUGGUUUGAGUUGAAGAAAAUGAGUCCAUUGUUUUGGAUAUUUUCAUAAUGUUCUUCAUAAUAAUACCAAUAUCAACCUAUAAUUUAUAACUUGAGCUUUGAACCAAGAGGAAACUAAGACUGACAGAAUUGUGUCUUAUUUGUUAAGUUUGGUAUUAAAAGAAAAAGAAGAGAAAAUUGCAGAGUAAAAAUUUCCUGUUAAAAUCUGUUUACAUCUUGAGAAGGGUAACAUUAGUGAAAGUCAUUAUUAAACUUUACUAAUGACAGCCAUAAUGUUGACCUACAAAUACAUACUACCAUUUAGAAAAGAUAUUUUGUGCUUAUAUAACUUAAUAUAAUGCAAAAUGUGUCUAAAGAUGUUCUAAGAAAUAAGGCUUGAAUGCACAUGUACAUGUCAUAAUGGACUAGAUAGGAUUGCUAUAACCCAUGAAAUAUCAAGAAGAACGUACAUUGUUCUCAAUAUGCACAAUAUAGACUUAAGCAUGGAUUAUAUACUAACAAAAAGUUGUGAUGGCCUUGUAUAAAAUGAUUUUCCCUGUUUUUGUCUGUCAGGGAUUGUGACAGUGGUGCCAUGCACCAUUGAUAGCUGUUGUUGGCAUUAUGGUAGCAUCCUAAAUAAAAAGUAUUAGUAUUUACAUGUA